CACAAUACUGCUUUGUCUGCUUUUGUCAUAUCAAAUUGCUUUAUAGAAAGACUUGGUAGAUGUUGUGCAUGAAGCUGUUGAUCAUGCGAAAGUUUUGGAAAAAGAGAAAGCUGAAGCUGCCGAGGCAACUGUUGAUCCCAAAGAUCUCUCAUCAAUCGAACAAAUCCUCGUUGGCGGGCCAAUAGAUGAAGCGAAGAAUGAGAUCUUAGAACUAAAAGAAAAAACUGUCAAGCAUUCUGAGGUGAUCGCGCUCGUAGAAAAGCACGGAGAUGUCAAGAUCUCCGCCUCUCAAUUAGCUUCUAUAGUCAGCAUGCUGGAGAAGGAGGGCGAAGCCGAACAAUUGGUAAAGAGAAUUGGAUCCCUUGAUGCUCCAAUAAUGCCACAGGGUCCCACAAUCGAUGACGACGAGUCAUCGGGAGAAGCUGAUAAAAGCAAAAAUGCUUUGCUUGACAUGCCGAAUGUCGACCCCAAAGCCACAGUUUCUCUAAGCAAUAAAAAUGACAAUACUCCUCGGCCCAAUGUUGUGUUAUCUAUUGAUGUGAUAGUUUGUAAGGAAAUCCAUGUUGUUUAG